CUCGCGAAUCGUAGAUGAAACGCGCAUGGUGCACGUUUGGCGACUGUUUUGCUAGAGAAUACCCACUAUCCUGAAGAUUUUGAGCCUCUAAUUUUGUAAUUAUCUUCAGACAGGUAGUUUUAAUACGCUCCCUGAAGUACUAGGUGCACUUAGAGUCAUUACAGGGGUUAAGUUCUCCGGACAAGUACAGUGAAUAUAGUCAUUUUUUCCUUGCAUGUUGUAACCGCUCUGAAGAAAUGCCAGUCGACGAAGAGGAAAACGAGAACAAUGAUGAAAGUCCACCUGUGAACCAACGUGUCAACAACGGUCCUUUCAUAAGUGACGACGAGGGGCCUGAGGAUGGAAAUGCAGAUGAUGACGCAGACGAUAAUGCUGCGCAGGAUGAUGACAUGGAGGUUCCAUCCGAGGAUGAAGAGGAGGCUAGAAGUGACCUGACCCAAUUGAUUCGUCAGUGGGAAAACGAACAUCAGGCUAAUGGAUACGAUCCUGAGCCCAUAAUCAAGAAAAUGGCUGAAUUGAUUGAGAGAGAAGUUGAGGCGUACCAAAAAAUGGAUCCCGACCCAUUUGACGAGCGGCCCCCGUCAAAAAUAAGGAAUGGUCUUAACUCUGCUUACAAAAUUUUAUUUAGAAGGGACUCGCUCAUUCACAAGUUGGUCAAUGACUACCUGAGGGAAACAUACUGGAGCAACCAGAAUAUGGGCUCCAGAAAUGACCAGAGAACUUACAACUUGAAUGUGGCUGCGUGUCGACUUCUCCUGGGAAUACUGCCUGGUUUGCAGUAUGAUUUUGUAUUCAAGUUUGAUACAAUAUCUCCAGUGCCAACAUUCAUUAAGUGGGCUGAAAAGGCCGACGAGCCACUUCGAAGCUACGCAACUGGGCUACUUGGAGCUUCCAUGCACAUGUCUGAUGUUGCUGGUACUUACAGGGAAGAAAAUUCUCGUCUAGUUCCUGUUAUGAUUCGACGUCUGAGAUCCCUGCAAGAUGAGUACUUCAACAGUCUCAAACCAAAGGAAGAUUCAAAUGGGCCUAGACCCUUUGCAGAUCUUGGAGUUCCAGAAUCACCAGACAAACUUUUAGUAGAUAAAAUUGCCUUGGAACCAGUUAAACAAAAUGGGAGCAUAUCUCUUCUCUCUCCACCACACAUCAGUGAGGCACCUUCACCAUCGGAAACACCGCCGUCAACCCCAGUAAAGCCUCAUGAACUGGAAUCGGGAAUUUAUCCUCUACCAGACACACCCUCUUCUAAGGCCAACUGUCUUCGAGUGACGCCUGCUAAAGUGUUGGGAACCAGGUUGAGCUCAGAAGGUCUCUUUGGUCUUGGCCGUAGUGUGCCGUCAACGUCUCAUUCUGUAAAUGAGUGCAGUAACUCCUCUUGGGCGGAAAUGGAAACAUUUGUCAUUGGGUCAUUCCAAAUGCAUCCACCCAACUUGGUGACCAAACAAAUCUUAAUAUUGCGCUACUUGACACCUGUUGGAGAAUACAUGGAGUACGUUGGACAUGCAUAUGAACAGAAUGCAUUAGAAAUUGUCAUGAAGUACAUUGAUCUAAAGGAGCACCAGAAUGCUCGAUUGGCGUUUGAAGCACUGAAAUAUCUGGGCUCUUUACUUUGCCAUAAGAAAUUUGCAACCGAGUUCACCAACACUCAAAAGCUUCACUUCAUGCAGUCUCUGAUGGAUAUUCGGAGACCAAGUCUGGCAGCGUGUGGUGUUGCCCUGUGCCUUUACCACUUGGCAUACUGUGAGGAAAUAAUGGAAAGAGUUUGCCAACUGCCGUUCACUAUGAUCCAGAAAAUUAUUAAAUAUGCAUUAUGGCUCUUGGAGUGCUCACACAAUUCAAGCAGGUGUCAUGCUGUUAUGUUCUUCUACCUGGCUUUUCCAUUUCAAAUCAUUCUUGAGGAAUUUGAUGCGCAGGAUGGACUUCGUAGAGUGUUCAAUGUUGUCAGUACAAUGGAGCUACUCAAUUCUGAUGAUAUGGGAAUAGCAAUGGAUGACGAAGAGCACCACUCGGCCAGACAAACCAUCAGACACGUUUUUGGUUGCUUGAAGAGAUACUUUGAGACACAUCUAGUUCUUAGGGCUCGUCAAGUAAAGAGAAUCAAUGCGUCAGGCCAAACAUUUCGAGCGAACACAUCACCUUUUAAACUAAUCAAACCAACGGUUUCUGAGAUACAAGAGUAUGUCAAAGUUUUGAUGCAAGCCAUGCAUAUACACGCAAAAUGGACACCUGUUGACAAGUUCUUGGACCUUGGCGGAGUUGCACUUCUGCUUAAGGUUAUUGCUUACACCUAUGAGUGGAAUUUUUCUGGACGAGGGGAGACUGUAAGGAAUGCUCUCGACGUAUUGGCGGUCUGUACUGUUAUCUCGAGAGUCCAACUGCAGCUUUGUGAGAAAGUUGAGCUUCCUAGAGACUCAAUUUCGUCCAUGGGCAUGAAACUCAUUUUAGGAGCAGCAGAAGGUGAAAUUGUGAAUGACGCAGACGUCCAAAGGGCUGCACUCUAUGUAAUUUGCAACUGCGUUUGUGCGCCUAUGCACAGAUUAGGUCCAUAUAAUAAAUUCACUGGAGGGGGGACAAGGAGAGGUCAAUUGAUGGAGGCAAGUGAAGAUGUGCUCUCGAAAAUGUGGGAAUCCGUCAGGACAAAUAAUGGUAUCAUGGUGCUGCUGCAACUUCUGUCAGGAAAAGGGAGAUUGACUGAUGCUGAUUCUCUGAGGAUGCUUGCUGGCCAAGCGCUGGCUGGUCUUGCAAGGAGUGAAACUAUAAAGCAAAUAAUUAGCAAUCUUCCACUUUUGACAAAUGGCCAACUCCAAAUUCUUAUGAAGGAUCCUAUCCUUCAAGAUAGAAGGCAAGAGCACGUUUUAUUUCAAAAGUAUGCUUUACAAUUGCUUGAACGUGUUUCUGGGAAGCCAAGCAGCACAGAAUUAUCUGUUGCCAACAUCCACAAAGCAAGUGUUGUCGCGCAAACUAGAAUUGAGUAUAAUAGAGAAGAGUUGAAUCAGCUUAUGUACCAAGACUUGAUGAAGCAAGGGCUAACAAAAACAGCCAACAUGCUUCGUAUCGAAGCAAAAUUACCAGAUCCUAAUUUAGCUACUCCCUCCACUUCUCGAGUUGUGCCUGCUAGUAUUUUGACUCCAUCAGCAGCUUUGAGACAAACAAGUGGGACACAAGCAUGGUCUCGGGUUGUAGGCUCAUCUCCAGUGACAUCUAGAAAUACUACGCAGUCCCAAAUUGACGUAAAAGAGGGUGAACAAAUAACACCAUUCAAGCUCUCCCAGCACUCUACCAGGAAGGAGAUGAUUACCUUUGAGCAUGUCACAGAGAGGGAUCUUUAUGAACAAUCCCUAGAGCCGCCAUGUCUAACGUUAGACGGAAUAAUCAAAGAGUUCUUGAAAAACCAACAUGCACUCUGCAAGGAUCCCGUUGCAACUUGUCCUAGAUUUGACUUAUUCAAGCCCCACAAAUGUCCUGACCAUCGUGGAAUGGCCAAACUAGACAAUAAUUUUGCAGUGCGCUUCACAAAGAAAAGCACCUGGCCUCAAUUUGGUGGUUCUGACUCGGCAAGACUAAACCGGAAGCUAAUCCACUCAAAGUUUUGCCAGACAAAGUUUUUCAAACCUGGGAAUGAUGAAAGUUUUUACACAUGUGUUGCAUUUUCGCACUGCAACUCCAUGCUCUACAUUGGUACCUACGAGGGUGAUGUCAGACCUGUCAACCUAGUAUUAGGAGCUGAAGAGGAAAUGCUGGUACAAUGCCAUGAUUCUUACAUUUCUCGGAUUGAGCUGAGCCCUUGUGACAAACUGAUGCUCACUUCGUGCACAUGGCACAGACCUUUGUCUUGCAUGUUCCAAUACCAAAUUAACAGUUGGAAUAAAGUUUUAUCCUUCAAUGAAGAUAGUCAUGUCGAGUUCAGCAGAACUGCGCCGUACAACAGAAUCAUUGGCACAAAAAUGGAAUGUGCAAGAAUUUAUGACGUUGGGACUGGCAAGAAAAUCUUGACUCUCAAACCAAACAUGUCUAACAACUAUACGAAAAACAGAGCAACGUUUUCACCAACUGACGAGCUGGUUUUGUCAGAUGGUGUCUUGUGGGACGUCGGCUCUGGAAAGUCCAUCCACAAGUUCGACAAAUUGAAUCAAACCUCGUCGGGUGUCUUCCAUCCAAAUGGCCUUGAGAUUCUGUCCAAUACGGAAGUUUGGGACUUAAGAACUUUCCAUCUGUUGCGAACUCUCCCUGCCCUUGACAAGUGUGACCUCCACUUCAACAAGACUGCUGAUGUUAUCUACAGUGUGAGUGUCGAAUUCCAGAAAGAAGCCGAGGUUAUAUACGAGUCUUCCUACCAGACAACAGAUGCUACUAAUUAUGCCAGUAUUGCCACUAUUGAUGUGAAACGAAACAUCUAUGAUUUGGCUCUGGCUGACAAUGGGUACCAACUUGCUCUGGUGGAAAACCAAGGCCAGUUUGAAUCUGUCAAUGAGUCAUCUGUUAGAAUCUAUGACAUUGGCCGCCACAGACAAGAUGAUGAUGAGGAGGCUGUUGAUGACGAGGAGCCGAUGGACGAAGACGACAACCAGUCGUCGUCAUCUUCCUUGUCAUCGGAUUCGUCAGAUCUUAGCAGUGAUGAUAUCAAUGAUGGUGGCGACAAUGAUGACAAUGACAACCAAGAGAACAAUGCAAUAGCAGCGGCAAGAGAUAUUGCUGCAGGUCUGGCUCAAAUAAUCAGGCAGCAAAAUAGGCGCAAUCGGCAACAAGACCAAGAAUCUAAUGAUAGCAAUAGCUUUGAUGACUCUAAUGAUGAGGACUCUUCCGGCAGUUGGAGUGAUAGUGGAAGUGAAGCAAGUUGGGUUACUACCUCUUCUGUUUCUCAGAACAGUGGCCGCAGCAACAGGAGGCACUAAUUUGUCAUAGAUCAACUUUUUAAGUUGGCGAUAUUUGGUCUGAACUGAUAAUAAUUCAGAAGAGCCAUGCACAGAAUUAUUCAAACUACAGUGCUUUUUACCUAUACAAUGAUUGUAAGUUUUAUUCAUUGUCCUGAAAAUUCUGUAAAUAUUUUGUAUUCUGAGAUCCUAUAUAUAAAUUGCAUUUUUGCUGUGAAUUAUA